CGCUAACUGUUGUGUUGAAUGUGGUGUGCAGACUUUGUUGUUUCAAAAUCUUCAAUCAUUAAAUUGGUUAAAUUAAAAAAUGAAUCGGCAGACUUAGGGCUACAAAACUCGACAGCCUUCUUUACAAAAAAAGAUUGUGUAAAACAGUUCAUCAUGACUUCUAAUGAUUCAGAGUUAGAUGAUCAAACAUCUAGUCACACAAUUUUAGAGAAAAUUAAUGCUGUCAAUCAAGAUAUUACCACGAAUAAGGCUCCUGACAUAAAUGAUUUUACUAUCGUGAAACCGAUUAGUCGCGGUGCCUUCGGAAAAGUUUUUCUCGCUCAUAAAAAGAACAAUAAGGAACAAUUAUAUGCUAUCAAAGUUAUGAAAAAAUCUGAUAUGAUUAAUAAAAAUAUGGUAACUCAAGUUGUCACUGAGAGAAAUGCAUUGGCAUUAUCCAGAAGCCCAUUCUGUGUUCAUUUGUUUUAUUCCCUGCAGUCAGCAUCAUCUGUAUAUUUGGUGAUGGAGUACAUGGUUGGGGGUGAUAUGAAAUCAUUGCUAGGUGUUUAUGGGUUUUUAGAAGAAGCCAUGGCAGUAUUCUAUGUGGCUGAAGUAAUAUUGGCCUUGGAGUAUUUGCAUAAACACAAUAUUGUUCAUAGAGACUUGAAGCCUGAUAAUAUGUUGAUAUCCAGAAGUGGCCAUGUCAAACUUACCGACUUUGGUUUAUCUAAGAUUGAAAUACAUAGAGAUUUGGAGAUAUCGGAUUUUGUUAAUUGUACACCAAGUUUGAACAUGCGUACACCUGGGCAGCUUUUGUCUCUCACUUCUCAUCUCUCUUUUGGCUCUGGAGGUGGAGACAGCACACAUACCUCUGUCACUGAAACUUGUGAGAACCUUCUUGAUGAACUUAAGGAGACUACUAGAAUGAAGAGUGUUUUUCAAGGUAUUGAUACACUUGAAAAUUCACCCAUACUGGAUCAUUCACAACUAUCAGGAAUACAUCCUUUCAUGAGUGCAGAAAGUAUAAACUUGGACGAUAUGACUAGUCAAGAUUCAGGCUCAGAAUCAUUAAGUUCUUAUCACACUUGUGAGAGUUCUAAAAACAGUACAAAUUCAAAAAGUAAUAAGUCAACAGAUGUCAGUAGCACCAAUGGGUCUUCCCUUGACUCAAAUAUAUUCACCGAUUCACAACAAGAUCAGUCUACCUCACCACUGUGUAGAGGUCAGUCUUUAAAGAGAAUACCAAGCAUUCGUGCCAAGAAGAGAAAAAGAAUUUUAGACUGUGAUGGGGACACACCGACAGGUGUAAUGGGUCUUGCAGAAUCAAAGGAAAAUCAUAGUGGCUUAACCCAAGAAAUAAUGGCCUUGGAACUAGAAGUUAGUCAAAAUACACCAAAAAGGAUGUCAAUACACCCUACACCUGACAGACGUAAAAAUCCCCUUAAAGGAGUAUUAAAAAAGAGAUGGGUUUCUCAAAAUGACAGUCACCAUUUCAAUGUGGGAGUAAUAUUCUCAACCCCUAAUAAGCUAAUAGCUAAUAAUAAUAAGUCACCAGAAACAAAGAAGAAAGCAACUAGAUUCAAUCUUCCUGUUGAUGAAACAAAUUCAAGCAUCAAAGAGAAAUCAUUUACAUUUGGCAAACAUAUUUCCACAAGCUUGGAGAUAUUUCCUACGAGAAGACUGAGCAAGGGCGAAGAUAGUAAAUCUCCUACGGACUUAUGUAAAACGCCUAUAGCAACCGCGCAGACGCCGUACAGAACACCAAAGAGUGUGAGAAGAGGAAACCAAGUCUCGGAUCAAAGGAUUCUUGGUACUCCGGACUAUCUCGCUCCAGAAUUAUUACUAAAACAAGGGCACGGGCCACCCGUCGACUGGUGGGCACUAGGCGUGUGCCUAUAUGAGUUCAUGACGGGGGUGCCGCCUUUCAACGACGAAACUCCUCAAGCUGUCUUCAAAAACAUACUCUCUAGAAACAUAGAGUGGCCGGAGGACGAGGAGGCGCUGUCGGCGGAGGCGGUGGGCGCCAUCGAGGCGCUGCUGACGGUGGACGCGGCGGCGCGGCCGGCCGCGAGCGACGUGCGCCGCAUGCCGCUGUUCCGCCGCGUGGACUGGGAGCGCCAGCUGCUCGCCGAGCCGCCCUUCGUUCCCACGCUCGACGACAUCUACGAUACGGGCUACUUUCAAGCUCGUAACAUUUUGCAGCACCUCAAUGUGUCUAACUUUGAUAUGUAAUAAAGUAUUAGUCAAUUGUUAGACGUGUGAUAUUUUGAUAUUAAUAUAUUAAUUAGCCUAAAUUAGAUAAAUAAUGUUUAAUAAUAUUAUGUUCCUAUUACAGUCUGAUUCAU